UCUGAUCGUCCACAGUUCUCAAUCCCAUUUUUCUUCGUCUGCAGACUACCACCACAGCAAUUAUCAUGGCGAACGGAGUUUCCGCAAAUGGACAGGAGUCCGCCUACAAGCCGUACGAUCAGAUCCUUCUCUUCGGCGACUCCAUCACCGAGUAUGGUAGUAACCAAGACAUGGGCUUCGGAUUUCACGCCGCAUUGCAGCAUGCAUACAGUCGUCGUUUCGAUGUCGUGAACCGUGGCUUAGCCGGCUACGCCACCUGCCAUGCAGUUAAGGUCAUAUCGCAAUGCAUUCCCCCUCCGGAAAGAGCCACUGUGCGACUCAUGACCAUCUGGUUCGGCGCCAAUGAUUCCUGUCUGCCCGCUUUCUCGCAGUACGUCCCCUUGGAACAAUAUAAGACGAACCUCAAACACAUCAUCCAACACCCCGCUACGGUCGCGCAAAACCCGCGCAUCCUCAUCAUCACUCCGCCUCCAAUCAACGAAUACCAGUUGGAGUUCUUCGACAAGAGCAAGGGGAACCCGCACCCGACGCGGACGAACCAGAAUGCCAAGGUCUACGCGGAGGGCGCCCGCGACCUCGCGGCUGAACUGGGAGUGCCGGUUGUCGACGUGUGGACGGCGUUCAUGUCGGCGGUGGGAUGGAAAGAGGGCCAGCCUUUGGUGGGGUCGAGGGAUUUGCCGAACGACGAGAAGUUUGCCAGCUUGUUCACAGAUGGCUUGCAUUUGUCCGGAGAAGGUUAUCGCAUUGUGUAUGAUGCGCUGAUGAAGACGAUUGAGGCGAAUUGGCCAGAUCUGCUGCCGGAAAAUAUUCCCAUGAUUUUUCCUCCUUGGCCUCAGGCCCCGAGGUGAGCACUCGGCGCCAACGCUGGGAGGUAGUCGGGUUGUAUACAUAUCAGAAGAACAGGGGAAUUCCAUUCUAGUACUACUUACUUCGAACUCCCUUGACUCGCAAGUUAGGUUUUUAAAAAGGGGUCGCUAGCAAUCU